AUGGGGCCAUUCACUGUCCUGGAGAGGAAGAACGCCAGUUUUCGGAUCAAUCGGGGUCGUCAAGGAAGAUGGGUAAAUGGUAAAGAAUUGGAGCGGUGGUACACCCGUGGCAAUAAUUUUAAAGGAGAGGCGAGUGUGAUGGAAGGUGGUAUAAUGAGAGUCCCGGCUAGCGAACGAAUCAAGAAUAGGGCCGAUCCAACCAGGUGCGCAGACGUAGCGGCUGGAAGUACUUCGCGAGACAAUGUCGACUACCACUCCAAACGAAUGAAUCGACAAUUACAGCCCGGUGGACAAUCCGCAUCUAGCCAGAAAGACAUCCACCGAAUAUCACAACGUCGGAGUCGUCGCGCUACGAUCGGGUCAAAGCAGUCGGAACGGCACGUGGAAGAAGAGAAAACGUACGUGCCAAGUUCGGACCAAAACCAACAGAAUGAGGCAUGA